AGCUCUCUUGGUAAGUGUAACAUGUGAGCAUUACUAGGCAUUUCAUCCUGCGGGUCUGCAGUCUUUGCUCUUCAGACUGUUGCUCAGUUGGAAUGCUUCUGAGAGGCCGAUCCUGAGAUUCUGUAGAUAUUUUCUACAGACUAUUCAUUUGGGGAUGUCAUUGACAUUUUGCAAGAUCAUCUGAGGAAAUAGGAAAGCAUCUGAAAUCGACUGAGAAGAAUAACUGUGGCGGUUUUCUCUUGUGGAAGGAAACUAUAUUGGCACAGAGGCAGAUGAUUGAAUAAAGUAGUUGGCUCAAAGAAGAUGCACAGUCUGCUAUUUUUUUUCCCUCUGAAUGAAGACUGUUAAACGGAAGCUGUAUUCAUGUGGAGAUCAAAUGAAACACAGGAAUGAUAAACUGGUUUUUUUCUUCUCUCUCGUUUUAAAAUGAAAACCCUGAAGCAGUAAUUUGAGCUCAAAUGCCUUCUAAUUCCUUCGAACAGCCUGCUUGUUCUAUUAGGAUUCUCCACUAUCACCAUUUCUGCCUGGUGCCUGUGCGCUUUUGCUGGAGCAGCCACGGACAACUGCCUGAUAGAGAAAGAAUGAAAGCUCUGCCUUGCUUAUUCUAUCGAUGGGAAUAAAGCUAUCUGUGUUUCUUCUAUUAUAUGGGAAAUCUGGAUUAAUCAAGCUGUAUUCUAGUACCAAGAGUCCUAUUGUCUCUUGUGGUCUGACUCAUCACAUGUAAAUGUACUGCAGCUUUGCUAUUAAUGCAGAGUAUUUUUCCCCCUUUUCCAAACACAGAAACAAUUGUUAACCUCUGAGCUUCAUUUUCAGGAUUUGUGCUGAGCUCUAGAUCUUUAUUUUUUAAAUUUCCUGGAUAAGAUCUUCAUUGAAUUAGUGAAACUGAAGAAAUGAAGACAAAUUAGAAGUGGAAACAGAAUAGUGAGGUUUUAUUUUUUAUUUUUAAUUGAAAGCAAGCCAACCUACUGGUUAUUAUAUGACCUUGCAGGCAAGAGUGGGUAUAGCUGUGAUCAUCUCUGUCAUAGCAGUUGUUUCUUACUUCAUUCUGUAUUGUGUGGUGUUGUGUCACCAAAAACAAUAAUUGUUUUGUACAAGUAAAAUUCAGAGAGCAAUAUUAUUAUUUUGGUGGGGGAAAUAUUUUAAAAUGAGCUUGUACUGGACUCAGUUAUAAUUAUUGACAUGCUGAUUAAAAGGUUUUUUAAGUAUUAUGGUAACUAACAGAAAACAGAAUUUUGUUAUUUUUAGUAAGUUUCAAGUUAUAUAUCAUAAUUUUAAAUUUCAGUUUCUGUGAUAGUACUUAGUAACUUUAUAAAACCAGCUGCGCUGUUCAAAGAAUGUUUGUAAGUGUUGUUCAGAAGAGGAGGAAAAACUACUUGUGCUCUUUCAACUGUGGCUUUUAUCACAAAACUUGGAAUUUAAUGUUUUAAAAGAGCGAAUGAGUCGAGUGUGUAUUGUUGUUUUGGAGGAGGUAGAAGAUGAGUCUCCUGAAUUCAUUUCUAAAUUGCCACAGGAAAAUAAAUCCCUACAUUCUCUACCUUCUGGAAAUGUAUUGCCGUCACUGGUGCAAGCUAUUUUUAAUGGAGAUCCAGAUGAAGUUCGAGCACUAAUAUUUAAGAAAGAAGAUGUUAACUUUCAGUUCUUUCUAGAACCAAAUUGGUGGUUGGGGAAGAGAGGAGCAUGGGUGCAAAGGGACAAUGAAAAGAGAACCCCAUUACAUGCUGCUGCCUACCUUGGAGAUGCAGAAAUCAUUGAACUCCUUAUUCUAUCUGGAGCUAGAGUUAAUGCCAAAGACAGCAAAUGGUUGACACCUUUACACAGAGCAGUUGCAUCUUGUAGUGAGGAAGCAGUUCAGGUACUUUUGAAGCAUUCUGCAGAUGUUAAUGCUCGAGACAAAAAUUGGCAAACCCCUUUACACAUCGCUGCUGCUAAUAAAGCUGUAAAGUGUGCUGAAGCUUUGGUACCUCUUCUGAGUAACGUAAAUGUGUCUGAUCGAGCCGGAAGAACUGCAUUACAUCAUGCAGCUUUCAGUGGACAUGGUGAAAUGGUCAAGCUACUCUUGUCCAGAGGUGCCAAUAUUAAUGCUUUUGAUAAGAAGGAUAGGCGUGCUAUUCAUUGGGCAGCAUAUAUGGGUCAUAUUGAAGUAGUGAAAUUACUUGUGGCACAUGGAGCUGAAGUGACAUGCAAAGAUAAGAAGUCUUAUACGCCUCUUCAUGCAGCAUCUUCCAGUGGAAUGAUCAGUGUAGUCAAGUACCUUCUAGAUCUUGGAGUAGAUAUGAAUGAACCAAAUGCCUAUGGAAAUACACCUCUUCAUGUGGCCUGCUAUAAUGGACAAGAUGUUGUCGUGAAUGAACUUAUAGACUGUGGUGCUAAUGUAAAUCAAAAGAAUGAAAAAGGAUUUACUCCUUUGCACUUUGCUGCUGCAUCAACACAUGGAGCAUUGUGUUUAGAACUUUUAGUUGGCAAUGGGGCUGAUGUCAAUAUGAAGAGUAAGGAUGGGAAAACCCCUCUGCACAUGACUGCCCUCCACGGUAGAUUCUCCAGAUCACAAACCAUUAUCCAGAGUGGAGCUGUAAUUGACUGUGAAGACAAGAAUGGAAACACCCCUUUGCACAUAGCAGCACGUUAUGGCCAUGAGCUGCUGAUCAACACUCUUAUCACAAGUGGUGCUGACACUGCAAAGCGUGGCAUACAUGGAAUGUUCCCCCUUCACUUGGCAGCCUUAAGUGGUUUUUCAGAUUGCUGCAGGAAACUUCUUUCUUCAGGAUUUGAAAUCGAUACCCCAGAUGAUUUUGGCAGGACUUGUCUACAUGCAGCUGCAGCUGGAGGGAAUUUGGAGUGCCUAAACCUCCUGCUGAAUACUGGUGCAGAUUUCAACAAAAAGGACAAAUUUGGGAGAUCUCCACUGCACUAUGCUGCUGCCAACUGCAAUUACCAGUGCCUGUUUGCUCUUGUGGGAUCAGGAGCAAGUGUGAAUGACCUUGAUGAAAGAGGCUGCACACCCCUACAUUAUGCAGCUACAUCAGACACAGAUGGCAAGUGCCUGGAAUACUUAUUAAGAAAUGAUGCAAAUCCAGGGAUCCGGGACAAGCAAGGAUACAAUGCAGUUCAUUAUUCAGCUGCUUAUGGUCACCGUCUAUGUCUGCAACUGAUUGCGAGUGAAACUCCUUUAGAUGUUUUAAUGGAAACCUCAGGGACAGACAUGCUGAGUGAUUCCGAUAACAGAGCAACAAUAAGCCCUUUACACUUGGCUGCUUAUCAUGGUCACCAUCAAGCACUGGAAGUGUUGGUACAGUCUUUGUUAGAUCUUGAUGUGAGAAAUAGUAGUGGAAGAACUCCCUUAGAUCUUGCAGCAUUUAAGGGCCAUGUUGAGUGUGUGGAUGUACUCAUUAAUCAGGGAGCCUCAAUCUUAGUAAAAGAUUACAUUUUGAAGCGAACACCUAUACAUGCAGCAGCAACAAAUGGUCAUUCAGAGUGCUUACGGCUGUUAAUAGGAAAUGCAGAACCACAGAAUGCAGUAGAUAUCCAAGAUGGAAAUGGACAGACACCUCUCAUGCUGUCUGUGCUCAACGGGCAUACAGACUGUGUGUACUCACUGCUGAACAAAGGAGCAAAUGUAGAUGCCAAAGAUAAAUGGGGAAGGACAGCAUUGCAUAGAGGGGCAGUUACAGGCCAUGAAGAAUGUGUAGAUGCAUUACUUCAACAUGGUGCUAAGUGUUUACUACGGGAUAGCAGGGGUCGGACACCUAUACACUUGUCAGCUGCCUGUGGACACAUUGGUGUUCUUGGAGCCCUUUUGCAGUCAGCAGCAUCUAUGGAUGCAAAUCCAGCCAUAGCAGACAAUCAUGGAUAUACAGCACUUCACUGGGCUUGCUACAAUGGCCAUGAGACAUGUGUAGAACUUCUUUUAGAACAGGAAGUUUUCCAGAAAAUGGAAGGAAAUGCUUUCAGUCCUUUGCAUUGUGCUGUGAUAAAUGACAACGAAGGUGCUGCUGAGAUGUUAAUUGAUUCAUUAGGUGCCAGCAUUGUGAACACCACAGAUUCAAAAGGAAGAACUCCUCUGCAUGCAGCUGCCUUCACAGACCAUGUAGAGUGUUUACAGCUAUUGCUCAGCCAUAAUGCUCAAGUCAAUUCUGUGGACUCUUCUGGAAAAACACCUCUCAUGAUGGCUGCAGAAAAUGGACAAACAAAUACAGUUGAAAUGCUGGUUAGCAGUGCUAGUGCAGAUCUGACAUUACAAGAUAACAGUAAAAACACCGCCCUCCAUUUGGCUUGCGGCAAGGGUCAUGAAACUAGUGCCUUGUUAAUACUGGAAAAGAUAACAGAUAGAAACCUCAUCAACGCAACCAAUGCAGCCUUGCAAACACCUCUGCAUGUUGCUGCCCGAAAUGGGCUAACAAUGGUGGUUCAAGAACUUCUGGGGAAAGGAGCAAGUGUCCUUGCAGUAGAUGAAAAUGGCUAUACUCCAGCUUUGGCCUGUGCUCCCAAUAAGGAUGUGGCUGAUUGCCUGGCUCUCAUUUUGGCCACCAUGAUGCCUGUCUCAUCUAGUAGCCCUUUAUCAUCCCUGACGUUCAAUGCUAUUAACCGUUAUACCAACACCUCAAAAACAGUGAGCUUUGAAGCCUUGCCUAUCAUGAGGAAUGAACCUAGCUCCUACUGCAGUUUCAACAAUAUUGGUGGGGAACAGGAGUACUUAUACACCGACGUCGAUGAGCUCAAUGACUCUGAUUCUGAGACCUACUGAGAGGCUAAGCAAAAGAUCUAAGGAAGGAGUUCUGACACUAAAGCUGCAAACUGCUUUUUCAGGAAAAAAGCACUUUGUUAUUCAUAUUCAACCUAAGAGGAAAGAGCGCACAGUGAGCAAAUGUAAGAAAUGCGAUGACAUUAGGAAGAAGAAUUUUAAAGGCAAGUUUUGCAAAAGGAACUUCUAGAUUAUUGAAAUAGACUUGACCAGAGGAAAACACAUUGAUGUCAGAUUGCUUUGUGGAAUUUUUAAUUUGGCUUUGCAGUGCCAGAAAUAAUUUGGGACACUGUGCACCCUAACCUGCUUACACAAGCAACACUAUUGUAAAAGAAGAGAUAAGGACACUAGAUUUAAAAUUAUCAAUAAAAGUACAACUAAAUUUAAAGGCAAUAAAAGUUUGGUACAGUAGGCAUUAUGUGCACAGCAAAUUGCCAAAGGACCAAAUAACUUAAAGAUUUUUUAAUAGAAUGCCAUUUUGUGGAAACUGGAGUAGGUGAAAUGAGACGUUACCUAAACCAAACUUCAAUAUUUCUGAAAAUGAAGUCAAAAUUUGGUUUUAAAUGUUGAUUUUUUUUUAAAGAAAACAUCUUGAAAGCCUUCCAAUACUGUAUUAAACCAUGAAAGAAAGCAGAUGUAUUUUUGCAUUUUUUUCUUUUGCAUAAAAAUUUUAAAAUUCCAAUUUUUAUAAUAUUAGAAUUGAAAACCAGCUGACUGGGUGCAGUACGGGUGAAAAUACUUGUGAAAUAGACAUGAGAUGGAUUGGGGUUGGGGCUGUUGGACAGAUUUUAGUGGUUUGGGUUCACAAUGGAACUAUUUUUGUUUUUUAAAAAGGUAAGGAAUUUCCUAGAAUAAAAACUUCAUGGAAUCAAAAGGUAGAUUAUUUCACCCUAUUGCAAUUAAGUGGUCCUGGGGAAUGAAAGUCAACUUCACUACUUUGAAUGACACUGAUUCGUCACUUACAUUACUUUUGUACCUCCAUAAUGGGUUAGAGGAUUUUUGUUGUCAUUUAUUUGAUCUUUGAGUUUUGAAAAAGUACAGAAUCAAAAGGAAAUAUUCCCUUGUUAUUCAUAAAUUAAACAUCAUCAAGUCUCUUGGAAGGCAUUUCUGUAUUAGGCAAGGUUCAGAUAUGGAGUAGCAUGUUGGUAACUUGUUACUCUUUGGAGGGAGAAGCACUUGCCUGCCAAAUUGAAGGCUACCUUUCAAGUAACAAAAAAAAGAGAAAAGGCUGAUAUUUGGACUAAUACUUUAUGUGGUUCUGAUUUUACUGUAACUGUCACUUUCCCAGUAAAAAUGAUUUCACCUAUGUAGGGGGUCUUAGAGGUCUGGGUAAAGUCCAUAAAUUGCAGCAAAAUGAUACCCAAUUUUAUUUUAUCCUUUUGUAUUGUGAAACUGGAAACUUUAUGACAUUGUAAAUUAUCAGCUGGUUUUCUGAAUAUAAAGUGUGAAAACACAGAACAGUAUUUUGAUCUAUUUGAUAAUUUUGUGGGUUUUUUGAAAAAUUAAUGAGCAUGUACAUAGAAAUAGUGACUGCUUGAAUACUGUAUUUACUUGCACUCUUUCAGUACAUCAAGAUUCCUGUAUAUUUUAGAGUAUAAUAAAACACAGAUGUGAGUUGUAUUUAAUGAAUAA